UGCGCUCAUAUAACCCAGCAAAAGAUACAAUUUGCUCACUUGUAAUAUUUUCUCUUCAUAAGUGAUCAUCACCUCCUGUGCAACCGAAGCUACAGUCAUGAAGGUGCGAGCUCUCCUCACCGGUUUGCUGGUGAUCAUGUGCCGUCGCACCGGUGCAAUGAGUAGAAGUGCAAAUGGACAUGUUAUGUGCUGUUUCGAUUUUCAUGAUAGUAAAAUCCCCGUAAACUUUAUUACCAAAUACGAGCCAACGAGCUCCGAGUGUCCAAAAGCCGGAGUUGUUUUUACAACCAAGAAGCCGGCUCGUAUCUGCGCCAACCCUCAUCUUAACUGGGUGAAAGAGGCCAUGAAAAUAAUUAAUGAUCCUGAUAUCUAUCACAAGAGACGGGGCUGCACAUUACAGGAUCCACGAUGCCAAUCUCGUCUAAUCACUGCGCCCCUCAGAGAGACUUACUGUCUGAGUAUUGGUUAGUUGUUUGCAUUGGUGCACACCGAUGGAUAAUAAACAGCACUUGCUGCAA